AUUGUGCUGCUGUGUGUGCGCUCGCUCCAUCAUACGCUGCUACCACCGUCUUCCCUUCCAAUCCCCACACUGUGGCACAACCAUGGCGGACAGCGCAAGCGAGAGCGACACGGACGGAGCGGGGAGUAGCUCGGCCACCCCGAUGUCGUCUUCCGCUUCAAAUUCGGGGAAGCCGAGUAUAGUCAUUUCACAGUUCCGCCUGGAAGAGCUGACCAACCGCCUGGCCUCGCUACAGCAGGAGAAUAAAGUUCUGAAGAUUGAGCUGGAGACGUUCAAACUCAAGUGCAAAGCGCUGCAGGAGGAGAAUCGGGACCUCCGCAAAGCUAGCGUCACCAUUCAAGCAAGAGCUGAGCAGGAGGAGGAAUUUAUCAGCAACACCUUAUUCAAGAAGAUCCAGGCCCUCCAGAAGGAAAAGGAGACCUUGGCAGUCAACUAUGAGAAGGAAGAGGAAUUUCUCACCAAUGAACUGUCAAGGAAACUCAUGCAACUCCAGCAUGAGAAGGCAGAACUGGAGCAGCACUUGGAGCAGGAGCAGGAGUUCCAGGUUAACAAGCUCAUGAAAAAGAUCAAGAAGAUGGAAAAUGAAACUAUCUCCAAGCAGUUAACACUGGAACAGUUGAGGCGGGAGAAGAUCGACCUUGAGAACACAUUAGAGCAGGAACAAGAAGCCCUGGUCAACAGACUGUGGAAAAGGAUGGACAAAUUGGAGGCUGAGAAAAGAAUCCUUCAGGAGAAGUUAGACCAGCCUGUGUCUGCUCCUCCCUCUCCAAGAGAUGUUUCCAUGGAAAUAGACUCGCCAGAGAACAUGAUGCGGCAUAUCCGCUUCCUGAAGAAUGAGGUGGAGAGACUUAAGAAAAGCCUGCGCACCACUGAGCUACAGCACACAGAGAAGCGUGCCCAGUACAUAGAGGAGGAGCGACACAUGAGGGAGGAGAACAUCCGACUGCAGAGGAAGCUCCAGAGAGAGAUGGAGCGCAGGGAAGCCUUGUGCAGACAACUGUCGGAGAGCGAAUCCAGUCUGGAGAUGGACGAUGAGAGGUACUUCAAUGAGAUGUCUGCACAGGGUCUGCGGGCAAGGACUGUGUCCAGCCCCAUCCCCUACACGCCCUCGCCCAGCUCCAGCAGACCUAUAUCACCUGGUCUCUCAUAUGGCAGCCACACAGUCGGCUUCACCCCUCCUGCUACACUGUCCAGAGCUGGCAUCUCCCACUAUAACACUCCUGCCCUGCACGUUCACGGGAGCUCCUCUCAUGCUGUAGCAAGGCCCUCCCCAAGAAGAAGCACCAGCCCCGACAAAUUCAAACGACCAACACCCCCACCCUCCCCCAACACGCACUCAGGGGCCCUGCAGGCUCAGCCUCCGCUACCCCCACCGGCGCAGCCCAUGGUCCAGUCCAUGUCCUCCCCGGCAGCUAUGUCACAGCAUGCAGCAGCACAGCAGCAUCCCUCCCAGCCUUAACGCCACACACACACACACACACAGUCUCUGUCUUUUUGCCCCAGUGCGCCCACUGAAUGCCACGAUGCUACCGCAACAGCAGCUUCCAUCAUUACCAGCUCUGGAAGUCAAGUUUCUAACUCUUUACCAACUCCAAAAAAAAGAAGCAGCUUCAAAAAGUUUUAAGGUGGACAGAAACGAGGCGGCGGCUCGGUGAAGUUUGCCUCCGGCCAAAUCCACGUGUGGCGUCGCUUACCUACUCUUAAAAAGGAAUGGAUGGACAGAAAAAGAAUCGCUUCUGGGAUUUGUGGGCCAAUCAUUUGUUCCACCUUCUGUCUUGUACAUGUUAUGUUUUUGAUUUCUUUGCUUGGGACUUUUAGCUGGUCGGAAUUGUUGUUGUGGCGCUUCUAAGACAGCACAAACAGCACAUACAGUACGUUUCAUGGUGGUGUUUUGCGAUAGGUUUGAUGUUUGGAUCGAUGGAUCGACGGAUGGAUGUGUGGCUAGAGAAGUGAAUUUAUAGACCGAUGUGAUUGAUUCUUUUGCGAGCCUAUAAUCUGACACUCAAUAGCAGUCAUGUCCUCCACUUCAAUCUAACCCCUCACCCCCUUUAUGUCUCUGCAGUGUCAACUGUUCAACCUGACCCACAAGUGCAAAAAAAAAAAAUCGAUUUGAUUAGGUCAAACAGAGGUGUCAUGAAAAGCUGCGAGGAGUUUCUCCGUUAUGGGGCAUUUAUCAAACAGGGCAAGUGCCACAGACAUUUACAUUUCUGAAAGCAUUCGAGGCUUUGCUGCUCUUCAGUGAUAGUGAAAGGAAUUUAAAAAAAAGAAGAAAAAAAUACACAUCAAGGAGGACGGAUGCUGGUACAUAACCACAGAUAAAUGUUGCCUUUUGAGGUGUUUAAAAUGUAGUCUGAGGUGUUACAACUUAGUCAUGUACUCAGUCUCUUCUCUGCUCUUAUCUCUCUCUCUCUGGUGUAUUUCUGAAAGCUUGUAUCAUCCUAAUGGAUAUUCCUCAUCAAAAAAAGGAAAAAAAAACAACAACAUGAUGCUCUUUACACUAAAUAUACAUACUGCUAAAACAUUCUAAAUGAAUGGUACUGUUGAACUAAAUUUCUAUGUCUGAUUAAAGCUCUUGAGAUGACGA